GCACUUUGGAGAAUUUGAGGCACUCAGCCCUGGCGGGGGGGCAGCGACCUCUUCCUGGGACUUAAAUGCUGGCGAGGAGCCAGAUCUGAGGGGCUGCAGUUGCACUUCGGUGGGCGUUCACUUUUCUUUUCCACCUGUACCCUUUAAGGGAGAAAAGACACUAUCCUGCAUACCAUCUAUAAUUUCAUACAUCAGUUUUAGAGAAUUAUUCCAAAGUCAUCAUGAUUGAAGACAAUAAAGAGAACAAAGACCAUUCUCUGGAAAGAGGAAGAGCAACUCUUAUUUUUUCCUUAAAGAAUGAAGUUGGAGGGCUUGUAAAAGCACUGAAGGUUUUCCAGGAGAAGCAUGUGAGCCUGUUACAUAUUGAGUCCCGAAAAUCGAAGAGAAGAAACUCAGAGUUUGAGAUUUUUGUUGACUGCGAUAUCAACAGGGAACAACUGAAUGAUAUUUUUCAUCUUUUGAAGUCUCAUACUAAUGUUCUCUCUGUGACUCCACCAGAUAAUUUUACUAUCAAGGAAGAUGGCAUGGAAAGUGUUCCUUGGUUUCCAAAGAAGGCUUCGGACCUAGACCAUUGUGCUAACAGAGUUCUGAUGUAUGGAUCUGAGCUAGAUGCGGACCACCCUGGUUUCAAAGACAAUGUCUACCGCAAAAGACGAAAGUAUUUUGCAGACUUGGCAAUGAACUAUAAACAUGGAGACCCCAUUCCCAAGGUUGAAUUCACUGAAGAGGAGGUUAAGACCUGGGGAACUGUAUUCCGGGAGCUCAAUAAACUCUAUCCAACCCAUGCCUGCAGAGAGUAUCUCAAAAACUUACCUUUGCUGUCCAAGUACUGUGGAUAUCGGGAAGACAAUAUCCCACAAUUGGAAGAUAUUUCAAAAUUUUUAAAAGAGCGCACAGGUUUUUCCAUUCGUCCUGUGGCUGGUUAUCUAUCGCCAAGAGAUUUCUUAUCAGGCUUAGCCUUUCGAGUUUUUCACUGCACUCAAUAUGUGAGGCACAGUUCAGAUCCUUUCUAUACACCAGAGCCGGAUACCUGCCAUGAACUCUUAGGUCAUGUUCCCCUUUUGGCUGAGCCUAGUUUUGCUCAAUUCUCCCAAGAAAUUGGCCUGGCUUCCCUUGGAGCUUCAGAGGAGGCUGUUCAAAAACUGGCAACGUGCUACUUCUUCACCGUGGAAUUUGGGCUGUGCAAGCAAGAUGGACAGCUAAGAGUCUUUGGUGCUGGCUUACUUUCUUCUGUCAGUGAACUCAAACAUGUGCUUUCUGGACAUGCCAAAGUAAAGCCUUUUGACCCCAAGACUACCUGCAAACAAGAAUGCCUCAUCACAACUUUUCAGGAUGUCUACUUUGUGUCUGAAAGCUUUGAAGAUGCAAAGGAGAAGAUGAGGGAAUUUACCAAAACAAUGAAGCGUCCAUUUGGAGUGAAAUAUAAUCCCUACACACGGAGCAUUCAGAUCCUGAAAGACACCAAAAGCAUAACUAGUGCCAUGAAUGAGCUGCGGCAUGAUCUCGAUGUUGUCAGUGAUGCCCUUUCUAAGGUCAGCAGGCAGCUCAGUAUCUGACAGUCUCCAGUCCUCAGAACACCAUCUGAGCUUCAAUUCAGAGGACAGCAAUGGCCAACUU